CACAUGCAGAAUUUUAUACUAAAUGUUAAUUUUAUUGCUGUUGUAGCUGCACCUGCCUUGUAUACAAACAAUUUUAUACAACUACUAUUAAAUACUUGGAUUAAAGCUUCUAAGUCAUCUAUGCUGCAGAACAGAACAGUGAAAGAAUUACUGUGGGGAUACAAAGAUCCCUUCUUAAACAAGGUCCCCUUCCCCUUGGACCCAGUUCUGGGAGUCUUCUACCCGUAUAAUGGGACACUCGACGGACUUUACAAAGUCUAUACUGGGAAAGAAGAUAUUAAAAAAACAGCAAUAAUUGAAAGCUAUAAAAACAAAAGGAAUCUUUCAUACUGGAAAGAUCACUGCGAUUUGGUUAAUGGCACAGAUGGGGCAUCAUUCCCACCAUUUGUUAAGAAGGAUCAGACACUGCGCUUCUUCUCCUCCGAUAUUUGCAGAUCGAUCUAUGGAGUUUUCCAGGGCAAGCAGGAAGUGAAGGGGAUCUCACUCUAUCGUUUCACAGUUCCUCGUGAAGCAUUUGCAUCACCUGCUGAAGUUGGAGAUAAUUACUGCUUCUGUACAGAUGAAAUCAUAUCAAAGAACUGCACACUAGCUGGAGUCCUAGACAUUAGUGCCUGCAAAGGAGGAAGACCGGUAUUUAUCUCUCUUCCACAUUUUCUUCAUGCAAGUGAUUCUAUAUUACAUGAUGUUGAAGGCCUGAGCCCAAAUGAGAAGGAGCAUGAGACGUUUCUAGACGUAGAGCCU